AGUAGUUGAACGUUUCCAAAAUGGCUGAUGUUAACAAAUGGUUAGAAAUUUCAAAAGAAUGCAAAUAUCUUCCAGAAAAUGACUUAAAAAAACUUUGCGAUUUCGUUUGCGAACUUCUUUUAGAGGAAUCUAACGUACAGCCCGUGUCCACUCCUGUUACUGUAUGUGGAGAUAUUCAUGGACAGUUUUACGAUUUGAAAGAAUUAUUUCGUACUGGAGGCGAACUCCCUGAAACGAAUUAUAUUUUCAUGGGAGACUUCGUUGACAGGGGAUAUUAUAGUCUUGAAACUUUUACCCUUCUACUCUGCUUAAAGGCCAGAUGGCCAGAAAGAAUUACUUUGAUAAGAGGUAAUCAUGAAAGUAGGCAAAUCACUCAAGUAUAUGGAUUUUAUGACGAAUGCCAGAACAAGUAUGGAAAUGCUAGUGCUUGGCGAAGUUGCUGUAAGGUUUUUGACUUGUUAACGGUCGCCGCGAUCAUAGACGAACGAAUAUUUUGUGUACACGGAGGCCUUUCACCAGAUGUGAAGACUGUAGAUCAGAUUCGCUUGAUUGAACGAAACCAGGAAAUUCCACAUAAGGGAGCAUUUUGCGAUCUAGUAUGGUCAGAUCCUGAAGAUAUUGACAUGUGGGGGACCAGUCCUCGUGGUGCCGGAUGGCUAUUUGGUCGAAAAAUUACCAACGAAUUUAUUCACGCAAACAACAUAAAACUAAUAUGCAGAGCCCACCAAUUGGUUAAUGAAGGUUACAAGUAUAUGUUUGAUGAAAUGUUAGUGACUGUUUGGUCAGCCCCUAAUUAUUGUUAUCGUUGUGGUAAUAUUGCGGCGGUGAUGUCAUUCACUGAUUCAGAAACUAAAGACGCGAAGCUAUUUAAAGCCGUUCCAGACGAAGAAAGAAUCAUUCCGGAGCGAACAACUACACCAUAUUUUUUAUAA